AUGACUCUACUGAAUCUUAUUGUUUACUUAUCAAGUUGUAUGGCUCUGGUCCAACUAGUUGGAUCAGUGAUAUCUACCAAUUGUUAUAAAUUUGGAAUCCAGUUCGCUGGAUUGUGUCCACUAAUAGAAUCUGGAAUGACUGGAACAAGGACUCCAGACGACAGGAGGGGCGCCAUCAAGAUCAACGUAAUGGAAGUAGAAGGACGUGAGGAGGUUGUAGACAAGGCGUUGAAUCAGUUGAAAAAUGAUCUGGACGAAACUUCAGGAAGGAACCAAGAACUCCUGAAGGAAAACAUGAAAUUGCUGGAGAAGGAGGGAGCUCUUAGGCAACGCAUCGAUGAACUCCAGAAAGUGUUGAUUCGGCAAGAGGUCGACCACCGCCAUCAGCUCGCCGUCCUGAGAGAAGAAGCCGACAGGGCGGCUGAAGACCAGGCGGCGAAAAUGAAAGAUUUGCAGGAGGAAUAUGACAAUGUGAAUGGCGCCUUGGGUUGGAUGGUGAUUGAAAUCGAUAUGCUGAAAGCCGACAUCGCUCGGAAAGCCGUCAAACUGGCCACCGGCGAGAAGGAACUGUUGGCUCUGCAGGAGAGAGCGAAUGGCGCGGAAGCGGAGAACUCGAGGUUAAGGGAGAUCAUCGCAGACGACGAAAGACGGCUCCUCCAAGUUCCACAGGAGGAGGAUAUUGCCGCUCUCAAAUUCGACGUGGCACUGAAGGAAAGAGAAAUCGCGGAGGUUAGAAGAGCUCUCGACGAAGAAAGCCGAAGGAACAUAAUCCUGCAGUCUCAAAUAGAAACACUGAAAUCCCGCGUUUCUAAACAAGAAGAAAAUGGUGAUGAAAACGCCGAGACGAAGCAGGAGACGAAAGAGGGACUCAAAACAAGAGAAGAGAGAGCAGAAGACGACGACGUUAGGAAAGCAAUAGGAGUGUUAACAGAGGGACAAGCAGCGCUACAGAGACGGAUGAACGAAGAACUGGAGAAGAGAGAGAAGAUGGAACAACUGCUCGAGAGUCUUCUGAAUAAAGUGGAAGAAAAGCCAGGGCGGACAACUGAGGCCAAACGGCAAGAAUGCUCGGAAGAAGAAGAAGACGAGGACAGGGAGGAGGUUGUUAGUGAAUCGUUGUACGCUUAUUAUAGUGAUUCGGCCUACUGUCUGCUGGCCACGGAAGAAUUCGCCAGGUUAGAAGAAGGCAGGACGGAGGAAGAAGCCGAAGACGAAGCUAGUAUGUCUAGAAGGACGAGGAAGGGGAAGAAAAGGAAGAGACCCCUGGCCUGUAGAUUCAGAGCCAAACGUUGGAAGCUACAAGAAAGGAGCUCGGUGUUAGAAUCCACCGCCCAGAUAGGAGAAGGGAAAAAGGCACAAAAUAAAAAGAAGAAGAACAGGACGACGACGACGAAGCGCCAUCUAAACUACUACGAGGACAUGCCCGAGACUCAGGCGCUGCGCAAGGAGCUGGACAGGCAAGACCAGGAGCAGCUGUACCUGAAGGACCAACUCAGCAACCGAAAAGUCAGAUACCAACGUCUCCGAGAUGAACUGGGCGCCAAAAAACUAGAGAACAUGGUACUAGAGGAUAAAGUUGCUGAGAUGAAAGAAAACGUUCGAAUAGUCAAUGCAGCGGCGGAGGAUCUUGAGAAGCAGCUGAACAGGGCGAACUGCAUCGUUACCCAACAGGACGAGGAAAUUGACGUCUUGAAACGUAAACUUCAAGAGAUGAAUUUAAUCAAUAAAAAGAAAUCGAAAAUAUGUGACGAGAAGGGAGACGAGUUCUUCCAGUGCGCGAGACAGAAGGCAAAGCUGGAAGAGCAGGUCGAGGAACUACAGAGGGAAAACGAGAAGAUGCGGAGGGAAGGAGACUCGAGGAUGUGUGAACUAGAGCAGAAGAAGCGCCAGCUACACCUCUUGGAAGAAGAGCUGAAGGCGAAGGAUGAAGAACUCAAGAGGGAAAUCGAAAAAAACCCUGAGAACUUGGGGCUGGUGGAUGCCCUGGAGGGUCGCCUGCAACGCAUCAUUCGUCAAAAGGACGAAUUGGCCCACCAAGAGGAACAACUAUUUUUGAUGUGUCGUCAUCAAAGGAUGUUGAUAGAAAGAUACAAGCAUGUGAUAGAUCUGCUGUUGGCUUGGCGAGAGAAAGUCAGGAGGAAAUUAGAAGAUUUUCAAUCUCGUACUCGCCAACCUUCAUUAGCGGGGGAGGACAGGCACAAGGAGAAUGAAGGAAACAGGACAUGGAAGGAAUCAGAGUCCAGGAUCGUGUGGGAAGACCUGGAGAGGGAUGAGCAAAUAAAAGUUGAGGGAGCGAGGGGAAAGGCAUCCAGAGGGAUACCAGAAGGCAUCCAGAAGGAUACCAGAAGGCAUCCAGAGGGAUACCAGAAGACAUACAGAGGGAUACCAGAGGCAUACCAGAAGAUAAUUCUGUGGGAAUAA